AUGAAUGGUAUUCAAACCAAUGAGGGAGAGCAUCCAGAAGCUACCAGCGUGCAUGGGGAUUUGGCCGAUAAUAGAGCUUCAGCCCUGACUUCAAGAGGUAACGGAAUACAGCGCAUUAUUGACAAAGAUACGUCAAACCCUCCUGAGCACCUAUCAGAAUUUUAUUCAUUCGUGAAUGGUAAAUCAAAUGCACCAAUUUCACCUACAAGAAGCGAUCAAACAAGGUUUUCUCUGAUUGCGGAUUUGAAAUCCAAGAAACAGCAAAGACCACCAUCGAUCAACACAUUUACUUCAUUCUCGCCUUCUGUUUUAGAUUUACCCAGCAUAAUGACUUCAAAGGAUUUCCAUGAUACGAUGCACAUUUAUGAAACUUUGAUUGACAAGGCACAGGUACUUAGCGAUUCGUUAAUGGGUGUAUCCAAUGCUGCUAGUGAAUUUGGCCAAGCCUUAGAGAAUGCGAUUACCAAAUGUCCCAAAGUCCCUAAUCCAAAAGUGGUUUCGGAUGGUCUCAUUAACUCUGCAGGCUUACAAUACGUAAUUGGAAGUAAUCAGCAGAUUUUAAGUAGAGUAAUCCAACAAAAUUUCCGGAUCCCUUUAAAAGAACAGUUAGAGAAGCUAGCGAAGGAUUAUGAGAUAAGCUACAACUCAUAUCAACAAGAAAUAAGGAACAAAUCUAAAAAGUUACGAGCAAAGGAAUUAGAAAACGUGAAAUUAUCGAGAUCAAAAGUACGCAAUCUCACCGCCUAUAAAUCACAACUUCUCAACUUAACAAGCCAAUUGGAGGAGAUCGAUAGAAUGAAAUAUGAAUAUUAUCAUGAUGUCAAUUCUAUGAUUGAAGAGUUUAAUCAACAUCACCUUUUAAUCAAAACGGGGUCUUUGGUAAGAGCUCAAUUGGAGAUAUAUGAAGGAAUUGCGAAGAAAGGUUGGUCAGGUGGUGGAUUGGAUGAUCUUUUAGCUAUCUCCCCUGAUUUAUUUGGUUUCACUUACGAGCAUGAGAAUACUAAUGAUGGUAUAGAGAUGUCACAAGGAAGUAAGAGUGCGGAUGCUGACUCCAUAGACAAAGGUGAUGUUCAUUAUGACAGUGGUAAUGUAGCCGAUCACAACAGUGAUAUUUCCGUGGAUGAUCCUAAAAAGUCGUCACCGAGAGAAAGGGAAGAUAAAGGAUUGUCACCUUCCAGUGCACGAGACAUCGAUGAAUCAUUCUCCUUACCUAUGGUCAAUCAAUCAAAUUCGUUGAUAGGCUCACGCGGUAAUUAUUCGGAUGACGAGCAGGAUUCUGUUAUCCUGCCCACGAUAUCAAGAAACAACAUUCUAAACGAACUACAAGAUCAUGAUUAG